UGACGAAGGAACGUUGUGUCAAACAGCUCACAUUGUCAACCAUCAUACUGAGACCACUAUCCAACACUCGCUGGUUAUCGAUUCAUCACUGGCAAGUCCGGCAAGGGGCAAGCCUAGAAUGCCAAUCAAAGGAGUUCUCACUAAGCCUCAUCCUCGUCUGUGUGAUGCCGCUGCCUUGCCCGAUGGUGAUAAACAAUAUGGCAGUUCUUCAGAAGCCAACAGGGAUGCCCAACUAUGUCGGCAGAAGGCCCUCGACCUGGAAAGAGAAAUACAGGUAGAGUGGCAGAAUGAGCACUUAAAUAUCAAGGGGCUGGUUGACACAGAGAAGCGGUUGUUGGACUAUAGGCAAGUAGAGAAACAGCAAGAUCACAUGCAGGCUGAAUUGCUUCAAGGACAGAUGGAAAUGCUACGGCAGCAGGCUGAGCAGGAACACGGAGUUAGUGCUGCCGAAUUGCAACACCGCGCUCAUCUUCGACAAGAAGCUCAGCUGCAACUGCUCGCUAACCAGCAACGAUUAGCUGAACUUGAACGCCAAGCAGAACUAAACCUACAAGCAGAACGGCAGCGCCAACGACUUCAAUGCCAAGCUGAACUUCAUCGCCAAGUUGCACUGCAGCAACAGGCACACAUUCAGCGGCAGACCGAACUUCAGCAGCAGGCAUAUAUCCAGUGGCAUGCUCAAGUUCAUCGGGCUGAGGUUGAACGACAGCAGCUUCUCUGGCAGGCCCAACUCAGGUGGCAAGCUGAGCAGGCCGAACUUGAGCGGCAGGCCUUAAUGCAGCAGCAGGCACGACUUCAGCGGCAGGCUGUCAACGAAAGCCAAGCCUGGGAGACACAAAGACAGGAAGAGGCAAGCAAACAGCUGGCUGAAGCACAUAGAAAAGCAGAGGAAGAAGCCAAAUUUCAGGCCUGGGUCGUAGAGGCUCAAACUCGUGCCUUAGAGAUCGCUGCAGAGGAAUGCAGAAGAAACGAGCGCCUCUAUCAGCUGAACCGGGAACGCGAGGAACAGGCAAUUUGUGAAGGGUACCCAGCACGUCCCCCGGUUGUCAAGCCACCCAAGACAAGAAAUAAGAACAAUAAUGGCAAAGUGUGCAAGAAAGCACAAUCUGGAUUGACGCAGACUCAUUCCAACGAUCAGGCCGAGCCACGUGCUGUUCAACCCUACGAUCGAGACCAGCUGGAAACUUUCAUUCAUGGGCCAUCCACUCCUUCAAAAAAAUGUAGGCCACGAAAGAAAAAUCCAGGCCUUCCGUCUCUGUCGAAGGUUAUGCUCUCUGGUAAACCCAGAAGGAGAUAACUACCUACGGAGUUUUCUCGACAUCUAUUAGAGGGUAUAGGACGACAGACUUCAGCUAUGAAUAAAUUACAGUGGCGAGAGGAGAGUUACUUUGAAUAGGUCAUCUUCUCGAAAAGGCGGCCAAAUCUUUGACCAAAAUAUCCUGGCAUUUUCGUGAAGAGACAAACUGGAACCCGAUACUAAACAAGGUUCCAUGGAGAGGAGCAAAAAAUCAAUAAAACUUGAAAUAUUUUUUCAUCUUGUGGGAGACGUCAUUUUAUGGCGCACAGGAAAUGGGCUAUUGCUGUGCAUGCUGGGCAUUAAAAGGUUGUGUCUGUAGCGUUUUUUUUUUUUUUCAGUAGAUGGUCCUCCGUUUUAACCAGACAAUCAUGUUAUAACAAAUUAUCAAAGGACAGAAUUCCUCCGGUAGCAUGGACCAUGUCAUAUGUGCUAGGCGUGUCAUAUGUGAAUGGCAACGAAGUUUGCCAAUGUUUUAUCCCUUUAUUUGCAACUUAGCCAAGGAAAAAGAGGCUAAACUCUUUUCAAUCUGACUUCAAUAUUUUACGAGGUAUGCAUUACCUAUUUGGACAAGGAAAAUAAAAACAGUUUAAGAACAAAAUGCUAUUUUUCAAAGAAAGGAUUUCAUAACAGUUUUCAAUUACCUUUCCAUCUGAAUCUACACAAUGGAAUGAAUUCCCUUAUAUUUGGACAAGACGAGAAAAUUGUACAAAAUAUGAAAUCUAUUCCCGCUGUGAGUUGCCUUUUUGUCAGUGGCCCUAUCCAAGGGCACACACAUACUCUAAGCCAUAAACUCCAGUUCCUUGCCGAUAAAACACCCAUAUGUAAAUCAGGGGAGUCAGGUUGGCAAGGUAGUUCUUUCCUCGCCUUCCA